CUACUACCUAGUCCAGGGCUAUGUCCUCUAGGGUUACACCAAAUGUGAAAGGAAAGUGAUGGGGUCGGACACUAAGUAUCUUCCUUGCCCCCAAUAACCCCUCGAACUACAUCUCAGGACAUCGUACAUCCCCAUCAAGCUUCUUUCCUUCCUACUACCAACGGCUCCCGAUGAGUGGACCCACAAUGGGAUGAAAAGUUGAGAUUUGAGACUUUUAUAUUCCCAAGUGAUGGAAGUGUUGCGUGUACCAACAGGCUCAGUAUAUUUUAAUUACCUUUACUGGAUUGGCCAAAAGUCGACCUUGUUGCUACAACGCACCCCAGCGAGGAAGUGACGCCCCUUGCCAGCAGUAUGGAAGCCGCGGCUUCCUUGACAACGCAGGGCCUAAAUGGCCAUCUUUAUGAGCCCACCACUCAUUUAGACCAAUAUAUCCCAACGAACUUCGGAUUCAAUGGUAGGAGACAUGUCACAUUGCUGCCAUCAAACCAGGCCCUGCCGAAGUCCGGUCUACAGCUGAACGCUACCAUAAAGAAGGUUUAUGGCUCGCAUUUCAAUAACGACCGUAAUCAAAUCAAUGUCUCAAAAUUGUAUUCUCUCCCAAAUGGAAAUUCGAAUGCAGACUUUCGGGAAGAUAGAUCGGCUUUGGAGGGCGCUGACUCUAGUUCACAAAGUACAGACGUGUCUCUGGAUGCUUCUGCUAAUGCGGUCUAUGGUAGUUCGAACAGUUCAGUCACGACUGCUUCGUUCACGCCUCAAUCAAGUCAAAGCAAAUCAACGUUUCCGUUAACUAUGAAUAACACACUCUCUGCAUCUUCUUCCGCUACAGACACUAAAAGCGCAGAUAGUGGGAAUGGAUUCGCAAAAUAUCGCCCAAGAUCAUCGAUACCUUUAGGACUCCCAACUGGCGUUUACGCUCAGCAAUGUGUUGCGGCAGCUUAUGCGUCCAGACUCAAUCCGUACGCGCUACACGUCAAAGAGCAGGAAGCGCUCCAGGACCACCUGUGUCAUCUGCACGUUACGGUAUACUUGAACAUACGAAAUGGUAUACUUCGACUCUGGACACGAAAUCCCAUGGUAAGCGUUACCAAGGAGGAAGCCCUUGGGUGUGCGAAGGACUACCGUUGGAUGAACCUGGCCUCUUUUGCGUAUGAAUGGCUGGUGCGAAAUGGAUAUAUCAACUUUGGCUGUGUCGAGAUACCGAUGCGCUUCGUGACCCCAAAGGUAGGCCGGCGCAAGCACGGACCCGUGAUAGUCGUGAUUGGAGCGGGGAUGGCAGGAUUAGGUUGCGCACGGCACUUGGAGGGUCUAUUCCGUCAUUAUCGCGACGCGUCUACAUCCCCUAGGGUCAUCUUAUUAGAAGGAAGGCGCAGAAUCGGAGGUCGUAUAUACUCGCACCCUUUGCGAAGCCUUCAGUCGUCUAAAUUAGGCUCCGGACUAGUCCCUAAGGCCGAGAUGGGUGCGCACAUAGUUGUUGGCUUCGACCAUGGUAAUCCGUUAGAUCCAAUUAUUCGGAGCCAGUUGGCCCUUCCAUAUCAUUUAUUACGCGACGUCUCGACGAUCUAUGACAUAGACGGUUCACCGGUGGAAGAAAUGCAGGAUGCAAUGGAUGAGAGGCUAUAUGAUGAUGUCCUUGAGCGUUCCGGGUUUUAUCGACUUAAACCCACUGUCGUUCCUUCUGCGGAAGGCGAUCGGUCAUUGAUUGACUCCGGUCGCGACCUGUCAACAAGCGAUGGUGUUACAGUAAGACAAUACGAAGAAGCAAGGGCUUCCGGUACCAUCGGCUUAUUGCUUCCUACAAAGCGUGUCCGCCGAGGCGUAGGUCAUAAAACUGCAGAUAUUACGGCUCCUGGUGUUCCGGGCGCAGAUAGUACACGCCCAGAGGAGCAUCCAGCAGCUUUCAUGUGUCAGACGAACGGCUGGAGGUUAAACAACGGCGUCUCGAUGAAUGACACUUUAAACCUGGAUCCUGUCGCUAAAGCAUCGUCCUCGCAAACACUAGGUGCUGUGCUAGACGAUGGCAUUCGGCAAUACCAGCGGAUGCUCCCGCUGACUCCGAAAGAUAUGCGGUUGAUCAACUGGCACUUUGCCAAUUUGGAAUAUGCGAAUGCGACAAACGUCCGUAAUCUUAGCCUCUCUGGGUGGGACCAAGAUAUAGGAAAUGAAUUUGAAGGCGAACAUGCGCAGGUAGUAGGUGGAUAUCAGCAAGUGCCGUACGGACUGUUCUCAUUACCCACGAAACUGGACGUUCGAACGAACAAGAUUGUGUCUAAGAUAUCAUACGACCCUACCGAUUCAGGAAGGCAGUUCGCAGUUAUCCACUGCGAAGAUGGCGAGACAUUUGCAGCAGACAAGGUGAUCUUCACCGGCUCCUUGGGCGUUUUGAAGCAUGAAUCUGUACAGUUUGAACCUCCGCUUCCCGAAUGGAAACGCGGGGCCAUCGAUCGCCUCGGCUUCGGAGUGCUGAAUAAGGUGAUUCUGGUGUUUGACCAGCCCUUCUGGGACACUGACCGGGAUAUGUUUGGGCUUCUGCAGGAACCGCCAAACCAAGAUAGCACAAACCAAGAUGAUUACGCUGCUAACCGGGGUAGAUUCUAUCUUUUCUGGAAUUGUCUGAAAACCACCGGACUCCCCGUCCUGAUUGGUCUCAUGGCUGGAGAUUCCGCUCUUCAAGCAGAAAGCACACCCGACCAUGAAAUAAUCGCUGAGGUGACUAGCCAGCUCCGCAACGUUUUCAAAGACACAGCCGUUCCCGAUCCCCUUGAGACCAUAGUUACCCGAUGGAAGUCGGACAAGUUCACUAGGGGCACAUACUCCUACGUGGCGGCACAGGCACGUCCAGGCGAUUACGACCUGAUGGCUAAGCCAAUUGGCAACCUACAUUUUGCAGGAGAAGCAACAUGUGGCACUCACCCAGCCACCGUCCAUGGCGCAUAUAUAUCCGGACUGCGAGCAGCCUCAGAGGUGAUCGAAUCCAUCCUAGGCCCCAUAGAGCUACCAAAUCCCCUCGUACCACGGAAGGGGAAAUCAGAGCCCGUCAUCCCGGCAGCAACAGCAGCAGGGCAAAAGCGAAAGGAACCACACACACCUGCAGCACCAUCCGUCCCCAAUCCAGCGAAACCAACCACAUCACCCCGUCAACAAGCCUACGAACAAGCAAUGUGGGUCUUCAUCCAAUCCGAAAUAGGACCUCCAUUGCCCCGUCCCACAAGAGUAGGCAUAAACCCCUUCCUCCUCUACCAGAAAGACCACCGGAGCAUGUGCCGCGCACAAUGCGACGAAACUUACCAAGCCCUAAGGAAUGACCUCAACGUCCGGGCUGCUCACCACGAGGUCCAGCAGGCGCUCGGGCAGAUGUGGCGGGAGGCCAGCGAGGAGGAAAAACGCCCGUAUAUCGAGCAGUCAGAGGUCAAUCGACAGACCAACGCCGAAUUGUGCAGUCGGUGGAAGCAGCAAAUGGCCGAGUGGGAGAAGAAGGCGGAGGCGUUGAAGGUGAAAUGGUGUGCGGCUCAUCCGUUUGAAAGCUGGGGUUUGGAUUCUGCGAUGAUAACGCUGACACCUGGUAUGUCGACUGGUGUGAGAGUUGCUUCUGCUUCUGCUUCUGCUUCUGAUUCCUCGUCUUUUCCUUCACUGGGGCUGUCUACAAGCGAUCGGGGCCAUGGAGCAACAACUGCUACGCCUAUUGGUCCUGGGAUAGUUGUGAACGACUCGAUGCAUAACUCCAAUACAUGAAUAGUUGGUGCACUCUGUGUGGACAGUUUUGCUUCUAUCAUGAAUUCGCAUAAGAGUUGAUGCAUUAUUAGAGAUAGAAG